UGGGAGGAGGGAUUGCUCCGAGCCAUGGCAGGGGCAGGGCUUGUGCCAGCUUGCACUCUCUGCGGGACACUGGUGGAGAGAGAAGCUUCUCUGAAGCCCUGAGCAGCCAUGGAGAGGAUUGAGAAGGUCGUGAGGCAGGCGAGAGCUGCCUUCAACUCUGGCCGGAGCCGCUCGCUGGAGUUCAGGAUACAGCAGCUGAAGGCCCUGGAGCGGAUGGUGAAGGAGAAGGAGAAGGAGAUCCUGGCAGCCCUCCAUGCGGAUCUGCACAAGAGUGGGCCCACUGUGUACAACACUGAGAUCCUGAGUGUGCUGGGGGAGCUGACCCUGGCCAUGGAGAAGCUGCCGUCCUGGGCAGCCCCUCAGCAUCUGAAGAAGAACCUGUUGACAAUGAGGGAUGAGGUCUUUGUCAACUUUGAGCCUCUGGGAGUGGUGCUGAUCAUCGGGGCCUGGAACUACCCCUUUGUCCUGGUCAUGCAUCCUCUGAUCGGAGCCAUCGCAGCAGGCAAUGCUGUGGUGGUGAAGCCGUCAGAGGUGAGCGAGAACACGGCUCAGCUGGUGGCUGAUCUCCUCCCCCAGUACCUGGACCGGGAGCUCUACCCCGUGGUCACUGGAGGAGUUCCUGAGACAACAGAGCUGCUCACCCAGAGGUUUGAUCACAUCCUCUACACUGGCAACACUGCAGUGGGCAAAAUUGUGAUGGCAGCAGCUGCCAAGCACCUGACACCUGUCACCCUGGAGCUGGGUGGGAAGAGCCCCUGCUACAUUGACAAGGAUUGUGACUUGGCUGUCGCCUGCAGGCGAAUAACAUGGGGGAAGUACACGAACUGUGGGCAAAUCUGCGUUGCCCCAGACUACAUCCUCUGUGACCCAUCCAUCCAGAGCCAGGUGGUGGAGAACAUCAAGGCAACUCUGCUGGAAUUCUAUGGGGAGGACGUGAAGUC